UGGUUAGAAUUGGCUGAUGCAUGUAAAGUGAAACUGAAUGCUUUUCUUCAUUUGGAGACAGCAGAAGCACGGCGAUAAUGAAAUUCUGGAGACUCAAACAUCAUCGUCUCAGAACAUGUUUCUAGAAUACUACUAGCAAUGGAGGAAGGCCAGCCCUAUGUAGGACCAGAUGGGGAAGGACUCAAAGCCAUAUCUGGUGUUGAUGAUAUUUCUGCUGCUACUACCAUGCAUUCAAAUGAGGAAGAUAGCUAUGAAAACAUGAGUCCAUUUCAAGCCUUCCAGGAACAGACAGAACCCACCAACCCUCCAGGUGAUGAAAGUUCCAGAAGUCCCAACUCUUCCAUGACCACUAAAGAACUUCAGGAAUACUGGAGGAAUGAGAAACGCAAUUGCCGGGAGGUCAAGGUCCUUUUUGAAAUCCCGUCUGCCAAAAUUGUGGAGAAGCCCUUCACUAAAUAUGUGAUAUACCAAAUUUUCAUCAUCCAGACGGGCAGUUUUGACAGCCACAGGUCCAUCAUUGGCCGACGGUAUUCAGACUUUGAAAGACUGAACACAAACCUCCUGAAGGAAUUCUACGAUGAAAUGGAAGAUCUGACCUUUCCCAAGAAGACUCUGACCGGAAACUUCACUGAAGAAAUCAUCCUUGAGAGGAAAUUAGCCUUCCAGGAUUAUCUGCGCCUUCUCUACUCCAUGGAGUGCGUCCGGACGUCGAAGGUCUUCAUUGACUUCCUGAUGAGACCAGAGCUGGAGGAAGCCUACGGUUGCCUUCGAGGAGGACAAUACACCAGAGCUUUGGCCGGCUUUCUGGAGGUGGUCGCCCUGCAAGAAAAACUCACCAAGCACAGGCCCAUCCUGUUGGUCCCGACCCUCUGCGCCAUCGUUGUGUGUCACAAGGACCUCGAAGAUCCAAGAAGUGCUUACGAAAUUGGAGAAAAGGCUUUGCUUCGCCUCGAGAAGUACUCAGGCCAUCGGUACUACCUGCCCUUGUUGGAAACCAUGAUUUCCUUGGCCUACGAACUUGGCAAAGAUUUUCUUUGCUUCCAGCAGAAAAAGGACGAAAGGAAGGCCAGGAAGCGUCAAAAUAAAAUGGUGACGCUCAAGGAACUCGCUGUUCAAGAGUAUAUCCACUAAGACUGGGAACCUUAGACUCUCUGAUCAAAUCCAGCAUAAGUCACAAAUUCUUCACCUUGACACUGUCAGUGGGCGAUUUCCCAGCCUUUUCAUACUUUCUUUCUAUUCUAAAACACCAACAUUCCUGUUUUAGGCCCUGUUUGAGUCCCCUUGGGGAGACAGGGCGGGUUACAAAUAAAGUUACCGUGUUUCCCCGAAAAUAUGACAGUGUCUUAUAUUAAUUUUUGCUCCCAAAGAUGUGCUAGGUCUUAUCUUCAGGGUAUGUCUUAUUUUUCAAUAAAGAAGAAUUCACAUUUAUUGUUGAAAAAAAUGAACAUUUAUUAUAUACUAUACCAGUGAUGGGCAACCUAUGACACGCGUGUCAGCACUGACACGCCUAGCCAUUUUUGCUGACACGCUGCUGCAUGCAGAUUGAUUGGAUGACUUUAUGUCUUUUGUAGCCAAAUUUGGUGUGAUUUGGUCUAGUGGUUUUGUUGUUUACUCCAUGGGAAUUAUGCACAUUACAUUUAUAUAUAUAUAUUACUAGCUUUGCCCGGCCACGCGUUGCUGUGGCUUAUGGGAAUCCUUUGUUGGCCAUAUGGAAUAGCAGUGAAUAGCCUUGCAGUCUCAAAGCCUGGCCGUUUUCUGGAGUAGCUGGAGCUUUUUGCUGUAUGAACAUAGAGGCAUGGAUGAGGGUUUGUGCUGCCAAGUUUGGUGUUUCUGGGAUGUGUAGUUUUGUUGUUUUGUCCUAGGCUGAAAUUUCAUUACUCUUUUAUAUAUAUAGAUAUCAUUUUAUUAUUAUUCUACUACUAUUAUUAUUGUAGUAUAUUAUCAUAUUAUUACCAUUAUAUUAUUAUUAUAUUAUUCAUUAUUCAUGACUACAUUGAAACUACAAUGGAGAGAAAUCAGCGUGGAAAUUGCAAGAGGUACCAUAGAUUGUUGUACAUGGAAAUAAUGGUAGUAAAUAGUUUUUGAUUUAUUAAAUACAGUUAUAUAUUGCAAUUAUACAUUUUUGUUAUUUAAACUAGACAUAUUGCGAAAUUAUGUUUUUUUUUUCUCAAAGUGACACACCACCCAAGUCAUGAUGGGCUUUUUUUGGUGAAUUUUGACACUCCAAGCGCAAAAGGUUGCCCAUCAUUGUACUAUACAGUAGUUGUCAUCACAAACCAACAUAACCAGACAAACUGUGAGUCCUAUCAAGAAUUUCUUGUUACUACCAUUAUUCCAUGUACAACUAGUAUGUGCAUUUACCAAUUCUGCAUGCUCUGGUGUUCUGUUUGGCAGGCAUCGGGCAUGCUUCCAAGCAAAAACUUUGCUAGGUCUUACUUUUGGGGGAGGCCUUAUAUUUAGUAAUUCAGCAAAACCUCUACUAGGUCUUAUUUUCCAGGGAUGUCUUAUUUUCGGGGAAACAGGGUAUCAUCUGAACUGCCACAUCAUCCAGUUUCUGAUUCCAGAUUAUCUACUUCAAAAUGGAUUAUAUAAGGUUCUCUAGCCCUGGUGGCAAAGUGUGUUAAAGCACUGAAUUGGAGUGGAAUGAGCACCUGCUGUUAGCCCCAGCUCCUGCCAACCUAGCAUUUCAAAAACAUGCAAAUGUGAAUAGAUCAAUAGGUACUGCUCUGGCAGGAAGGUAACGGCGCUCCAUGCAGUCAUGCCGGCCACAUGACCUUGGAGGUGUCUACGGACAACGCCAGCUCUUUGGCUUAGAAAUGGAGAUGAGCACCAACCCCCAAAGUCAGAUAUGACUGGACUUAACGCCAGGGGAAAACCUUUACUUACAAAAUAUACUGCCAUAUAAAAUCCAAAUUAUCUGCUUUGAACUGGAUUACAUGGCAGUGUAGAUUCAGUAACCUUUAUUUCGGUCAACAAACCAUUGGCUAAAGUCAAGUGAGAGUACAAUGAUGGAAUAAAGCAUUUGAAUAAUUUAUGACAUUGCAUUUGGUUUAUAGUUAAUAACAAGUAUCUCAAUUCUCUAUUGGUUAGAUGACUAUCUUUAUAAUCUAAAACAGGGGUCCCCAAACUAAGGCCCGGGGGCCACAUGCAGCACAUCGAAGCCAUUUAUCCGGCCCCUGCGGUGGCGGAUAAAUAAUAAUAAUAAUAAUAAUAAUAAUAAUAAUAAUAAUAAUAAUAAUUGACACAAAGACACAGUAUAACACAGCAAACAAGAUAGAUAUGCUGGAUUUCAUUUCACAAAAUCACAAGUCAAACACUUCCCAAGCAUUUAGGACUGUGUGAUGUAUUAUUAUUAUUAUUAUUAUUAUUAUUAUUAUUGAAGCUGGGAGGCCAUCUGUCAGGGGUGCUUUGCUUGUGCUUUUGGAGCACAAAGGCAGAAGGGGGUUGGACUAAAUGGCCCAAGGGGUCUCUUCCAACCCUCUUUAUUAUUUUUAUUAUGAUUAUGGUGAUGAUAUGAUGAUGAUAAUUAUUAACAUUGAGGCUGUAUUUGUUCCCGUUUUGUUUGUUUAGUUCAAAAUAAGAUAUGUGCAGUGUGCAUAGGAAUUUGUUCACAGUUUUUGUAAAACUAUAGUCCGGCCCUCCGUGAACUGGCCCCCUAUGUAAAAAGUUUGGGGACCCCUGAUCUAAAACGAGAACUGAUUACCAAUUAGUAAUAAGUCUCCUAAUUUAGGAAGUUGAUAUUCUGGGUUAUAUGGUUGUGUGGAAGGGCCCUGAGAAAUGCAAAGACAUGUAGCCCUCCUUGCAACUUCUGAGGAUGCCUGCCAUAGAUGUGGGCGAAAUGUCAGGAGAGAAUGCUUCUGAAAUAUCAACAUGUAGCCCUAUUCUUUAGCCUGUUGAUUAAGCGCUUGACCACUAGAUGGCACUGCUGCAUUGUUUGGUUGCAACCCAGGGUUCUCGCCAGGUAGCCAUAAAGCUAUGCACACUUUGAACAGAAAUAUAUAUCUAACUGAACUUUUUAAUGGCUGAAGCUUUUCUUUAAUGAUAGAAAUAAAUAAUUCUAAAAGUCUAA